GACUACUGAAGUAAUGAACAAAUUGGAAGACAUUAGUCGAACAAUGCAACUUAAAUGUGAAUCAAGGUCAUGGAAAGAACUUAAAGGUAAUGGAUUCCAGGUCAAAGUUACUGCAAACGAGUCAAAGACCAACAUCGAUUCGUCAGUUUUGUAUUUUAUUAAAGAUAUACCUCGCCGAAUCAACAUGUCAUAUUUACACAUGAAGGAAAAGUUUUAUGAAUGUUUCAAAAACAUAAGUAGCUCAGAUUAUGAGGACUGCCAUCAAAGUAUCAUCGAUGUGGAAGAAGGCAUUCUGGCAGAUGAUGAUACGUCAACACAUGAAAAUGAAGGAGUUGAAGAAGAUUCUUCAGAUUCAGAUGAUGUAGAUAAUGAUCUGUUACGCUGUGGCAAUUGUGGUGAAGAGUUCAAAUCGUUGAAACGAUUUAAACACCAUAAAAAGUCUCACAGGAUAAGAGACCGGGAUAUGAGACGCCAAAAAGCCGUAAAUACCACUAUAACCAUAAAGGGAAUGCCAAAAAACGUGGAAGAGGAUAUUGUUAGAUUUGGUGAUAAAAUGCCAUCAUCUAGAACAAGAGAUAGAUCAACAGCAGAAAUACAAAUUAUUGACGAGACUCGGGGUAGUUUGGUCAUUUGGACAAAAAUUUCUGUUGCUGUUUUUAAAUCAAAGGACAUAUUUUUUAGAGCUCUAAAAGAAUUUUUAGAUAAAACGUUUUCCUACAUUCCUUUUGAAAAUGACAACGAUAUUGAAAUGACAGUUUCUAUUCAAAUAGAAGAAGGACAGGAUGAGGACGAUAUGGGUGACUUUUUCCGAUGUGGAACAUGUUCAAAAGAAUUCUUUGCCUUAGCAGCAUUUGAGUACCAUAAGAAGAAAGUAUGCGGACGAGAAGCUUCUGGAAGACAACUAGAAUUUUCUGCCGCAGGUUUAAAUGUAGUUAAUGAAAAUGGCGGAAACAAGGGUCUAGAGCGAAAAUCAAUUUCAUGUAAAACAAAGGACGAGCAAAAUCACCAUAGACCAAAGGGUUUUACAGAUAAUAAGAGGAGCAACGCAGCAAGCAGUUCAGAGACGGAUUAUGGUUUGCAUAAAGUUCCAUCAUCCAAAGAACUAUUAGGAAACAUGAGGCAUGACACAGGUUUCCGGGAAGUAAACCAAACAGUUGCUGAUCUUUGGUUAUGUGAUGACAAAGGAGAACAUACAGAAGGGGAAGCGAUUCUAAAAUCAGAUAAAAUUGAGGUUGACAAUACCGUAAUUAGUUUCAGGGAACAGUCAUACCUGCAACACGUAGCUGAAAAUAGAGAUGAUGCUACUGGUGUACAAUUGGAAACCAGACUAUUGAUAUCGCCGGAAUCGACUGCAACCAAAAAUAGAAACCCGAUAGAGUUAGAUAAAAAAGCAAACAAAAACGAUAGCAGAGCUAUACAUACACAACAUGCUAAUGACGACAUCAAUGUCGACAUUGAUGGCAGCGACUUACCAGAUGUCAACGUGACAGAUGUGUUACAAUUCUUGAUCAGAACUUUCAGUGGUGGAUGUACAUUUGACGAGUUUAUGAGAAAGUGUAACCUCUUUCCUAUGGACGCGAAUAUUUGUGGUUGGUUUGGAAACCAUGAAAAUAGUUUCAACAUUUUUUGGGAUGAAGAGGAUAUCGUAUUCAUUCAUCCAUACUUCCCAAAAAUACAAAUUUGUAAUCAAUGGAAUAGCACACAAUCCGCAACGCGGUGUGGCAAUUCUGGCUGUCAAUGUUUCCAUAUCUGUCGUCGCUUUGUCAGUAGCACAUGUGCAGAUAAAAAUUGUCAAUGGUCACACUCUUUCAGCGGCUCACACAAUAUUCAGUUGAAGGAUAAACUCGGUAUUUCUGAUUACAGCGAAAAUGAUAUCAAAUUAAUAUUAAAUUGUGCCUCCCCUUCAGUGUGUUUUGAUUAUAUGUACACCAGUGGCUGCAAGGUAGUAGACUCAGAGACGAAAUGUCCACAACUACACCUAUGCGCACACAAAUUACGUGGACAUUGCCCAAACCCGUGUAAAUUCAAUAAAUACCACUCUACGGAGGAUUUACAUAAUAAAUGGGUUUUGAAAUCAUGUCACAUGAGUGAGUGGCCAGAAGAACUAGUAUUUCAAACUAUACACGUUCCUUCAGGAGAUCCCAUAGAUGAUGACGAACACUCAAAUAGCUCUGAUUGUAGCCAAGACGAACCUGAUACUUAUGAUGUAGAUGCCAACAUAUGUGAAAGUAAUACAGAUACUGGUUUCAAAUACGGAAUUCAGCAUGACUCAUUUAACAUCGGACCAGAUUUUAGCCAUGACGAAGGUGAUAUUGAUGAUGCAGAUGAUUAUACCUGUGACAGUAGUUUUCAUCGUAAAGUAUAUUCUGGUGAAACUGCAUCAAGGCAACCGAGGGAUUCUGACCUUCUUCAAGGUGAAACUGAUACUGAUAAUGCAAGUGUAUCUAGUGUUGAUCGUCUUUUUGGUUUAAAAGAACGCCAAUCUCUUGUUUCAUUACGGGAUGAUACUCCCUUGAGCCAAGACGAACUUGCUAUUGAAGAGAACUUUAAUAAUAGUAACAAUGACGAACUUAGUAGUGAACAACUUGCGAUUUCUCUAUCAAUGGACGAUAAUUCAUAUGAAAGUAUGAUUGGCUUGGACGCUGAAACCAGGACUAUUGGUGAUGAAAAGGAGACAAAGAAAUUGCAUCAUCCAUUUAACAUGACUGAAAUGUCCAAAAACAUCCUUCAAUCUACCAUUAGUGAUUUCUUAGAUCUUUCAGAAACCGAAACUAAAUCUCACCCAAGCAACUCUGCUCAUGACAAAGAAUGUCCUCCAACGCCAUUAAAACAGGAACAACACAAUCUUAGUCUACCAACAAACGUUUCAGACUCAUUGGUUAAACCGACCCCUAAGUCACAGUAUGUAGAUCCUUCUAAACCCUAUUAUCAAGAGAGGCGUUUGUACUUAGUAAAAGAUCAAUCUGACAAAACUUAUAUCUGUGAAUUCGUCACAAAAGACAAAUGCACGAGAAGAUAUUGCAGAUAUCAUCAUAUUCCGAGUGGAAUGCCUUACCUUUGGCAAAUCAAUAUGUAUGGAAGGUGGUUGUCGUUUGCUGUGGCAGAGAAUGAGACAAUAGAAAAGGCAUUCUGUGAUUUACAGGACGUUUUUGCAACUACAGUGAGAUACUACCGUAACAAAUACAGUUGUCACAUCCGGUUUAACCAAAUGUAUGCUAUCAUCUAUGAAGUUGAGGGUCAGGCAGCAGAUAAUGAAGAACAGUGUAAGAUACGACGUUUAAGUACAGCAUCAUUUGUUGAAAGGGACCCGGAUGUUAGCUCCUUUCUUACAAAUUGGAGGUGGUACUGGAAAAAUGAUGAAGGUCAAUGGAAUAAUUACGAAAGGGAUGCUUUCUUGUUUACUCUGGAAAAGAAGUAUCUCACAGAACAGAAGACAUAUAUAUUCUUCAGAAAAAAUUUUUCAUCAAAGUUUAAAAUAGACUUCCUGAAAAUGAUUCAAGUUAACCUUGAUACAGACAAAGUUAGAGACAUCAUUCGACGCCCACUGUUCGUAUCAAAAUAUGAUGUGCAAAAUAUGAAGUUUCCAGAAAAUAUUCCACUUCCUACUGUAAUUAAUGCACCAAAACCACCCCAUUUCUACAGUUGGGACUAUUCAAAUGACUUUGAGUUCGUAGAACUUGACAUGAAGGAGGAAGAAUACAGUGAGGUGUUUAACUCAUUGCAGGAGUCGAUGAGUACUUCCCGGUUUGAGUUCAGCAUAAUAUAUAGAAUUCAGAAUAGGAAAUUAUGGAGUGAAUUUGAGACAAAGAAGAAGCUUAUGUUAGCUGACGUUGAACAAGAUGGUAAAAGUCGUGAUAUUGGUGAAAGACAUUUAUUCCAUGGUACUGAUUCAUUGGAAACCUGUUAUGGUAUCUGCACAAAUAAUUUUGACUUCAGAACCAGUGGUCGCAAUGCAACCAUGUACGGUCAAGGCUCCUAUUUUGCCGUCCAUGCCAAAUAUAGCCAUAGCUACACAAAAGUAAAUACAUCUUCGGAUAAUCGUAUCAUGUUUAGAUCCAAAGUUCUUGUCGGUCAAUUCACAAAAGGUAACCCUUCCCUACGCCGGCCUCCUGAAAUUCCGGGACAGUUUCAUAAAUUAUAUGAUUCAUGCGUAGAUGAUGUACAAAAUCCACAGAUUUUCGUAGUGUUCGACAGGAACCAAUGUUAUCCGGAGUAUCUCAUCAUGUACAAAGACAGAGAAACAAUAAGUAAAAAAAGCGGCCAUUCCAUGACUUAUGCACUUUCUGAAGAAACGGUGUCUACAUUUCCAUUACAAGAAGGCGAUUCAAGAGAGGGUCAAUCUAUUCCAGGAGGUAAAAGCUCUUUAGAAAAAUCAAAAACUGCCUUAAGGAAACCAAAAUCGGUAUUAAAAGCGCCUUUAAAUCAGCCUUGAAAAGGAAAAUGAGAGAUAAUAUACAACUUGUUAUACAAUAGAUGUUAAAGUGCAUACUACAACUUACACUGUGUGACUGUGUGAAAUGUUACAUUAUAUUGUAUAUUGUAAAAUUGAUGUUUUUUCUAUAACUACUGUACAUAGCGUAAACGUGUUUAUACUUGCAUUCUCAACAAAUAUAACUAACUUUGAAAAAUUCAUAGUCCAGGAAAUCUUAGUUCUAUAAGUUUGAUAUACCUUGAUUAUUUAAUCUAUAAUAACUGUGUUACUAGUACUUUGAAAGAGAACAGGUUCUGAAAUGUUUUAUCAAUAUAAAAUUACUGUAUCAGCCUUAUGUUAAUAGUUGACACAAAUGUAGAUUUAUUUUACGCGGUCAAUCCAGAUAAAUGUAAUCUCCUU